AUGGCUGCCAGCGACAAGUUUCCUGACGGCGACGACAACAGCACAAUUCUAUCAAUCAUCAAUCAUGUUUUCCUCCCCCCACAGCUUCCCCAGAAUGGAGAUAGCGGCAGGACUAUAUCAGAUGACAGCGCGCUGCUUCGCCUGGUCAUUUCAGCACUGCGAGAGUUUCGUUGCCACGUGAACUCUGCGCGCCUUCAAGCAGUUGAUUGUGCCGAGAAAGCAAUGAUCGUCUUUCAAAGCGUCAGAGCCGAGUCUGGUUGUAUUAAUGGGCAGAAGCUCGCUGAAUUUCUGCAUUCUCUUCAUCCUGAUAAUGGCGUAUCAUUGUGGGAAUUGUUCGCGAAAAUGGGUAUCGACUUCAAGCCAGGCAUCCUGCUACCAUUACACAUAGCCGCUCAAAAUGCUGGCAUCAUUAUCGGACAAACCCAAGAUGCAAUAAUACUGGAGGUAUUUGAGCUGUCUCCAACAAAUGCAGCUGUCAUGGGAACCAUCGGUCGGCUACAACGGCGUUUUCCCGCAUCUGCCAUCUCAAUCCCCAUCAAGAGAUUCCGUGAAAGUGGAUUUAUACAAGCUUUGACAGAUACUCUUGAAAAACUGAGUCAUCAAGAAGUUGCAGAAGCUAAACCAAAAGUUCUCAAGAAAGGUGAAUCUCAAAUUGAGGACAGAGAUACAACGGAUCCCUUCAUGGUCACUAAUUUUCUUCACGCCGUCCUUUUUGCUUUCAGCAAGGACACCAUACCGGUUUCCUCCAUCUCCAAAAACACUCGUGACGAGGUCGUCUGGAAAGACGCUUUCAUGCCUUGGCGAAGGUCUCCAGUCUGGCUUCUGAUUCGAGUUACUCUGCAACUACAUUUUGAACGGCUCCACUCAGACAGAAUGCUCUAUAAAGAGUUUAUGAUCUUUCUAAUGACAUAUACUCUAGACAUAGCACAGAAGAGGGGAUUCUCGAGCGAUCUUUUACAUUGUAUGAUGAGUAAGGUUGGGAGGCGGCUGAAGAAGUUGGGUGACGAUUUCCAGGCGUCGUGGAUUGGAAACGUUCAUGGCACGCUUAAACAAACCAGGGUUUGUCUCCAGCAACGUUGGGAGCUCUUAUGCGAGGAAAAGGAUGCUGAAGUGGGCUUGAAUCAUUUGUCUAUGCAGCUAUUGCCCAGUGAGGCCUCAGAGCCAUAUCCGAAAUUGGACGCCUUCAUUCGCAGCAUUGAUACCAGACAAGAUGAAGAAUCCAUAAAUCAGUUCAGGGCGCCAUGGAUACUUCGCAAGUACGACCAAUCAAGUAUUCCAAACCUGAAAAGUCUACCGGAUAGGAGCAUUCUCCUCCAGUUAUCAGCCUUUGAGAAAUGGGUUGCGUCGUUUUUACCUCAUUGGAUGCGCGAGGCCGAGGUCAAUGAGAAUACAUGCAGCCAACUUUACGAUUUGACCAAGGAAUACUACGAUUUGUCACGAAAGUUUUACACUGGAUGUCCAGAAAGUUUGUCAAUUGCAUCAUUGACAAUCUUGGAGCUGUGGAUGACCUGCGACAAGUCUGUGUGCAACCAAAUUCCUGAUCUGAAAGUGUACAGUCCUGAAAUUCCAGUUGAACUCUUGCAAUCACUAUUGCUCCACUCCAGAAACCACCUUGAGAGAUUAGUUGUAGUCGAGAAGUAUGUUAAAGAGCGAUGCCGCGGUACUUUGGCUGGACGGUCGUCGAUAUUUUCUUCCUUUGGACGUAAAACCUCAUUCUCGGUCCGGUAUUAUGCAAAGUCUACCAUUCAUCAGACGUUACGCAACGAUAUUGAAAGAGUCGCAGCAGAAGAAAGAGAGCACAAACGACAAGAAUACCAUGAGAAAGUUCGACAGUACUAUUAUCUCAAGAUGAAGGCGGCCAGUCUCACAUGCGAAUACAAUACAUAUGUGAACCAAACGACAGGAAUAGCAUACAAAAGUCACAGUGGGAGCUGCACAAAGCAUCUCUUAGACGAUCAAGCUGAUGUGCUUACCAUCGAUGUCCACGAGUGGCCUCUUCCGGCCGCGGAAUUUGAGGCUCAGUCAACUGUCUUUGAACUGAAUGUUCCUUCUCGUUUCAGGGCAUGGAGAAACAUGACAACGUUAGUCAUAAACGACGUCCUAGAGUGUGACUACUCUGGGUCCAGAAGUGACGAGGUUGUAGACACUCUGAGUGCAUAUCUUUCAUCAUAUUUUACGGGGGAUAUUCACAGACUAGAGUUGGCAUCGACAACCAAGUCAAACAAACGUACGCAUCGUCAUAGCAAAAAGAUCGGAACAUGCACAAGGGUGGAAGAUGUUUUGGUCGAGAAUGGCCUAAGAUACGAAUAUUACGAUAAUGUCCGCCAAUGCUUUGUCUCACGGUUUGUGAACGAAGAUAAAUUCGCUCAAAGUCAUAUGUUCAAAUUAUCGAAACCAAACAGUGCUCUUCAAGCCUUCAUCUUCCGACCACCGAGACGAGAGAACGGGUUAACGCCGAAUCACGUCUUAUCUCAGCAGAGUGAUUACUCGCAGGACCUUACACUUAAAGAGUCCAAGGCAAUGGCUAGUCUACCCGUUGGAUACCGCAUUCUAUGGGAAAACCUUCUGGUACAGCUAUUUUCACCCAAGGUUGACUUUAACAAGUCAGACACUGCCCUCAUAAUAAUGCAGAUAAUUGACCAAGCAGGUCCACCAUACGAUGGGUUUACUCUCAGGGCCAGCCAUCAACAGCUCUGCGACGACUAUUUUGUUCAGAGGCUUCUUGAAGGCCUAUCUCAUUCCGUGGAUAGAAUACAUAAGAACUGGGAGUCCUAUGUAGCACUGAGAGCCUUUAUCGCAAUCGCCAUAAAGGCUCUGAAUUGCUCACCGACGCCAGCAUUGAAGGAAAAAUAUCAUCAGUGUCUUGGACGAUGCCGUCAAGUUGCCAUGAGCUGGAUUAAUCUGCUACAAGAAAAGUUAUCUGGAUACGACAACGAAGAACAGCGGCAGGAAUUUUAUCUUAUCAUCUCGCAGAUGGCACUAAUUUGCAUUGCGUCUUUUGAUGUAGACGAGGUGCACUUGCGACUGAUGCUGUCAGAUGCCGAGCAGAUGGAUAUACUGAUACAUUCGUCCAUUAUUAUACAGAAUCUGUCCCACGGAGUUGGCAAAUGCACUGAUCCUUUCUACACAAAUCUGCUAUUACAAAAGCAACGCGUCAUGUACAGGUCUCAUAAGUUCAUUCUUACCGAGACUCUUGAUAAGCUGAAUCAAGGAUUGAACUCCGCAGUGAUGAAGAAGUUUUCACCUAUUUAUAACGGAAAAGGCACGUGGAAAACAUUAUCCGAGAACGAAUACCACUGGUUAGAGACAAAGACCAUCUCCGGCAAUGGUAAAAGCUCUUCGUUCAUUCAGAUGAAUAUUUUGACUGGAGACUUGUUGGUCAACGGCUUGCCGCCUUCUCGUCUUCCAUUGUCAUAUGAGGAGCACCCAGUAUUUGAGGAACUACUUGGGAGGGAAAUGAUACACGUGGUGCCCUCAGGUGUUCCUGGGACACUCUUCGUAUCAAUGAAAAAGCAUCACGGAUAUAACCUUGCAUUCGGGAUGAGUCAUUCGAGCCCUCCGCAGCUCAUUAUUGUGGCAUCUAACGAUAACGAGACUCUGGAUCUGGUUCCCCGCAAAGACUUGAGCGCUAGCUUACCAGAGGGCUUUAUCACCAACUACGUUCACUGGUAUAAUCACCAAUCCGGCCGAGUUGAGUUUCGGCCCGUGGAAUCAGCAUGGUGCUCCUCGGAUUCUACCUGGUAUUUACAAAAUACCGGAUCCGAAUGGGUUCUACAACGGCCAGGGCAAACCCUGAUUUGCCCAACUUCGCCUACGACUAAGCACAUUUGCCGAACUCUACGCUCAUUAGAGGAGGAGACUCAUAUACACCUAAUCCUUAACAAAACCACAUUAACGCUCAAUAUUCACUUGCCACGCCUUCAGCUGGACUUUUCCAUAGGACAAAGUGAAUCUAGAGUUCAUUGCCGGCAGUUUCGUGGAAUGUAUGUGGACAAAGUUCAGCAAAUUGGCACCUUGGUCGGCUUGCGAAGCAAGUUGACGCUACGCGAUAGCAAUAACAAGCGGAUGAUCCUAGUUCCAGAUGGCGAUGUUUACUAUUCUGGCAUUCCGGGACAUGUACAAGUUGGGGUUGCAUAUGGCAGUUCAGUACGUGUUCACCCGUUCAAUAUAGACACGAGACUGGGCCGUUUGGUAGACAAUGGCAGCUUGCAGAGUAAGCUUUGCCUGGCCUACCUCCACGCACUCACAUCAUAUUGUCUACCUGAUAACCUCACUGGUAAAACGGGAACGGAGCAGUGUCUGUCUAUUCUUAAUUCCGCCGCCGUCCGAUCUUUUCAGCAGCUAUCUGAGGAGGACCUGAAUAUUCUCGGUCACAUCUCGAAAUUAUCACCCGAGAGGAAAUAUUAUCCUAAAGAUUUACAAGAGAUGGAGACCAUUGACUGGAAUAACCAAAUUAGCUUCCUAUCGCAGUCAGGAUCUCUGCAUACCGCUGUACAGUCGGUUAUAGAAAGGGUGAACCAAAGCACGCUUUUUUACCCUGAUCAACCGGGUGAAUAUGUCAUACCCAAUCAUGUUGACGCGGCCCUUGGAUUAAGGCACCUGAUUAGAGAUUCUACCUUUUGUGUCUCUGGGUUCGGUGCUGAGAAUCACACUACUGCUGAGGACGUGUCAUACAAGUCUCGAGAUGGUGUAAGAAACAUUGAAAGAUCGCGACGUGCGUUUGAAGCCGCCACCAUGGUUGUCGAGCAGCGACAGACUAUUCACAAGCCCAUAAGUCACACAUUCACUUCGCAUAUGUGGGACUUGCUCAAGAAUGAGUCGGGCACUCAAGGUCCCAACACUCCCUUGCCUCAUGAAGAAGUUGGUUAUGACUGCAAAUGGCUCUCGGAUGCAAGUACGGUUUUCGCAGACUAUUGGUGUCGCUUUCAUCACAACUUUCGCGAUGGAGAGUCGCCUUUCUGCCGUUUUGAGUUAAUGUUUUGCGUUGCAACCAUGGCAUACGCCGCGAAGCAUGACGCUGCUGCUGUUCAAGCUCUUGUAGCCUGCGCAAACAUCCCGUCUAUCGGCUCUCUCGAGGUCCCUGACGUGGAUGUGUUUGACAUGUCUGCGGGACAUGUAUUCAAUGAUCCGUACAUCAGAAGUAUCGCGUUAGAACAUGCGGUACCUUUUGUCCACAGCAAAGAGUCGUCUUCGAAGUCCUAUGAUCAUUUGAGCACUUGGGAACGAGGCCAAAGGCGCUCGAGAGACUUUCAGAGCAACCAGUCUUCAGCAGUCGGGAGACUCGCCUGUAAAUUAAGCGACCAAUGGGUUUGUAAAACUCCAAUAAUGCCAACCGAUGUUAACGUAUGCGAUUACAUAUAUACCCCGAGUGUCAGGAACAGUAUCCUACCGACUUGGCAAAACUGGUAUGACAACCAUCAGCUUUUCGAGUACCUUAAUUUAUUGGGCGACCGUCUUCGUUUACUCAAAAUAAAACAUAUAACGAUGCCGAAUUCCACCGGGCCCUUGUCAACACUUGCAACGGUGUCUCGUAGGGGUUUUGUCAACCAGGCAGAUCUGUUUGAUCAUAGCACUCCGUCAUUAGAUGUUUCAUCAGGCUCUAUGUUGGAACUAUUUGACGCGGAAAUUGGGAAUCGGCAACCUCAUGAGAAGCUGGGACAACUUCUUGAGUUUCUGAGGCAACACGCAUCCCGGGAAUCUGAACACAAAUACAUUCAGGAUCUCGACGACAGCCAAAAAUCCCACAAGCGCACUGUUACCUCGUAUCGAAUAAGAGACGACAGAGAGACACUAUUUCGCACUCUCAAAGAAUACUUGUCACAAUGCGAAUCCAAUAGCGACAGGAUAUACCGAUUACUAAAAGAAGCUACUGGCACAAGUUGCGAUGCCGAGCCUUGCACGACAUCAGCAUCGUUGGUUACACAGUUUAUGGCACCAAGAGUCUCUCCGACUUUUUUCCUGGGCCAGCUUGCCAGAGAAAACUGGAAAACGCUUCCGCGAAGAUGGAGAAGCGCAAUCGUCACCUAUGCACGAUCAUUGACAAUGGUUCAAAGAGCCGAGAGAAUGCUCAAUCAGCAAAAUAACCAUGCAGAGCUAAUCAAGGAACUACAAAAUAUUGGCCAUACGAAUUGGGAUCCGAUGGAAUACCCUGAAUCAUUACUUUUGGAAGUUGAAAGCGGAAUAAUGAUUCGGGAAGUGCAAGAGAAUAUUGCGUCGCAGAUGCGAAGCCCGCCUCAGGAUCAAAACGCAACUAUGCAGCUAAAUAUGGGUGAAGGUAAAUCAACGGUGAUUUUACCGACUGUUGCCUCAUAUUUAGCGGACGGUUCACGCCUUGUUUGCGUAAUCGGCACCAAACCCCAGGCCAAGGAAUUAUUUCGAAUGUUGACGUCCAAGCUUGGAGGAUUGAUGAACCAUCAGGUCUAUCGAAUGCCUUUCUCGAGGUCGCUCAAGUUGACGGAAUCUGAUGCCCAUACAAUCUUUAAUUUCUUGAAAAAAUGCUCUGAGACUGGCGGUGUUCUUUUGAUGCAGCCUGAGCAUCUGCUGUCUUUCAAACUCAUGGGCAUCGAGAAUUGCCUCAGCUCUCAAGAAGAAGUCGGCCAAAUUUUGCUAAAUGUUCAACACUACUUUAAUACUCAUUCGAGAUUUAUUGUCGAUGAGAGUGAUGACAUAUUCAGCGUCAAAUUUGAGCUAAUUUAUACGAUGGGAUCACAAGUCGCCAUUGAUCUUAGUCCGAAUCGUUGGAUCAUCGUACAACGUGUACUUAGCAUGGUAAUGCGAGCUGUACACCUAAUACGGGACAAAUUGCCUCAAUCUAUCGACAUUUCUGACUCGAAAAGAGGGCGAUUUCCACGCAUCCGUAUCUUGCGCCAAGAUGCAGAGGACAUGUUGUUAAACGUGCUUGCUGAAGAGAUCUGCACUGCCGGGGUUCGAGGAUUAAUACCUAUAAGAACACGACCGCCCGCUAUCAGGGAGUGUAUUCGCAAGUACAUCCUUAAUAGCAGUUUGGAUAUAAACAAUAUUAAUUGUAUCGAAGUCAAGUCUGGACUCUUCACAGAAUCCAUGAAAGGGCCUUUACUUCUCAUCAGAGGAUUGAUCGCCGAGGGAGUUUUGAGCUUUGCAUUCAGACAGAAGCGCUGGAGGGUCAAUUAUGGUCUGGACCUCAGUCGCACGCCAAAGACUCGACUCGCUGUACCCUAUCGAGCCAAGGAUAGUCCCACGACCAGAUCAGAAUUCAGCCAUCCCGAUGUUGUUAUUGCGCUGACUUCGCUUACCUACUACUAUGGCGGUCUCUCUGAUGAUGAUCUUUUCGCUAGCUUCGAUCAUUUAUUACGUGCAGAUCAAGCUGAAGUGCAAUACCAAGACUGGGUUCUGGAUGCCCCCGAUCUACCAGACGCCUUCAAGAGUCUAGCUGGAGUAACAAUGAAGGAUCGCCAUCAGGCAAUUCACGAGAUAUUUCCCCAUUUUCGCUUUGCGAAGAAUGCCAUCGACUAUUUUUUAUCACAUAUUGUUUUCAGCAAAGAAAUGAAAGAAUUUCCCGAAAAGCUGUCGGCUUCGGGCUGGGACAUUGGUCAGAUUAAAACACUGCCUACCACUGGUUUCAGCGGAACCUGCGAUUCGCGUAAUCUCAUGCCUCUUGACAUGAAGCAUCUGGAUCUUCCGGAGCAGCGCCAUACAAACGCAUUAGUCCUUUCUAAUAUCCUCCAACCGAAAAACUCGGUGGCUCAUAUACGAAACCUUGACGGUACGCAGAAUUCAGACGCUGAAGCCCUGUUGGAUUUGGUAAUCUCAAUGGAACCGCCUGUUCAAGUUAUUCUUGACGUUGGCGCUCAAAUCCUUGAACUUACCAAUCUCCAAUUAGCUAUUUCCUGGCUCAAGAAGGUUCCAGAAAGUCAAGGGAAGAAGGCGGUGGUCUAUUUUGAUGACCAUGACGAGCUAUGUGUUGUUGAUUGGCAAGGGCGCGUCGAAAGUCUUCAGACAUCGCCGUAUGGCCAACAAUUAGACCUUUGUCUAGUAUAUCUAGACGAGGCACAUACAAGAGGCACUGAUUUAAAACUUCCAAUGGAUUAUAGAGCAGCUGUUACUCUUGGCCCCGGAUUGACCAAAGACCGACUCGUACAAGCUUGCAUGAGAAUGCGAAAACUCGGCCAAGGCCAAUCUGUUGUUUUCUGCAUAUCAGAGGAAAUACAGGCUAGAAUUCUGAAGCUGAGAGAAGAGGGUGACAAUCAUCCAAUCCAGGUGCUUGAUGUCUUGGCCUGGGCAAUUCACGAAACAUUCGUAGAUCUUCAUCGAAGCAUCCCGAUGUGGGCUGUACAAGGCCACCGAUUUGAGAAACAACGCGCCAUAUGGGAAUCGGUCACAACAAGCGACGGGAUCCAAUUACCUUUGGAACAGGCGAAAGAGUUUUUAGAAACAGAGAUGCAAUCUUUGGAUGACCGAUACAGGCCGCGGAGCACGGAAGAACAACCGGCAAAACACUCGAGCUUUGACGAAACCCCACGAUCGGAACUUAUUUGGAAGCGGUGUGUCGAGUUUGGAAACACUCAGCUUCGUUCAUCUGUGCUAUGGGAAGAGCAAGAGAGAGAGCUAUCACCUGAAAUCGUCCAAGAGAGGCAGAUUGAGAGGCCACGACCGAUUGAGCCUGAAAAACACACGAUUCAUCCAAAACUUAUCGAGUUUGUGGCUUCUGGACUGUUUGCUCGAUCAGAGCCAUUCUUUCCGGCGUUCCAAGCUCUCCGGAAAACGCGUGCUGCUCAGCUAUUGGAUAUCAGCUGCUUCCCAGAUGAUGUUUACGUCACCCAAGAUUUCAUGUCAACGGUGAUAUUGACAAGAGACGUCGACAAUGACGACUUUUACCAGCGCUCGGUGCAGUGGAUAUUGAGUCAAGCAGAGUCAGACGGUACUGUUUUACGUCUGGUCAUUAUUAGCCCUCACGAAGCGCAGGAGCUUAAGCCACAGAUCACCAGGUCGAAGCAUGUGCAUAUGCAUCUCUACACACCACUACCGAGCUUGGCUUACACUUCACUGGAGAGCCUCAAGCUUUACUCAGUACCUGUUCUUCCAGACAAUUGGUGUCUUCCUUCUCGCUUGCGAAAUGUGCUCAAUCUCUUCAGUGGUCAAUUAUACAUCACUUCACAAGAUGAUUACCAUGAAGUCUGUACAUUGCUAAACUUGUCAUAUGGUCCUACCGAAGAUGGCGUUACGGUUGAACUAGAUGGAUUUGUUGUUUCUCAGUCCGGCGAUGCGCUGACGAAAUUCAAGAAGAGCCCAAUACUGUUUCUGAAAGCUUUACUGGCGAUACGGUGGAACUCGGAAGUGAAUGAUAAAACUCACUGGGGCAGUAUUUUGAGAGGAGAGUUGCUAGAAAAGGGAGAUUUUCCAGACUCUAGCUAUAACAAGAUCGUAGAAUAA